AUGGUUGAUCCAAACAUAAGUGACUGGUUAAGAUCACAACAGCAAAGUUCUCGAAAACAUCGUAUAAAAGUUACUAUAAUAGGUAUCGUCAUUUUGGCCGUAGUUAUCGGAAGUGUCACGUAUUUGUCAAAAAACAGUAACAAUUAUUCACAUAGUGGAAAAAACGGUAAUAAUACAGAAUAUUACACAUGGGAUAAAAAACCUGUUAAUUUGACCAUAAUCCCAAAUUCUUUAUAUAAAAAAAUAUUUUACGGAAUAAAUUAUGGACCUGUAAAUGCUAGUUAUCCUUGGUGUUCAAACACUUUAGGAGAUGUUAUAGAAGAUGUGAAAAUGAUUUCUCAAUUAACUAAUAGGAUUCGACUUUACGGUAUGGAUUGUAAUAUGGCUGAUUAUACUAUGGAAGCAAUCGUUAAAUUAAAAUUGAAUAUGACUAUUGUUCCAACUAUUUGGGUUGAUGAUAAUGAUACAACUUAUCAAAGACAAUCUGAUUCUUUAUUUAACUUAAUCAAAAAAUAUGGUGAAGAUAAGAUCGACGGUAUUUCGGUUGGUAAUGAAGGCACGUUUAUCUUCCGCAAAGAUAUUCCUACGAAAACUUUAUAUGAUCGUAUCUCGGAUGUCAGAACAAAGAUAAAUUCGAUGGGAUUUAACAAAAAGAUGCCCGUUUUCACUUCUGAUCUUGGUUCAAAUGUUGAUGAUGCUUUUAUAGCUGCUGUAGAUAUAGUAUGGGCUAACGUUCAUCCAUUUUUUGGUGGUAUUAAUGUAAACACUUCUGCAUCAUGGACAUUUAAAUUCUUUGACGAAUUUGUCGUCACACCUGCAAAAGCUGUUAAUAAGGAUGCUAUUAUAUCAGAAGUUGGUUGGCCAACUGCCGGUGCUUCACAAGGUUCCGCUGUUCCUACUGUUUCUAAUUUACAAACAUUUUUAAACACUUUUAUUUGUUCUUCUAAUUCAAAAGGUCUUAAAUAUUACUUUUUUGAAACUUUUGAUACUCCUUGGAAAACUGCAAAAUGGACUACCUUAGAAGGAAGUUGGGGGUUAUUUCAUCCUAAUAGAACCAUGAAGCACCCAAUUAUUCUUCCAGAUUGUGUUCUUUAA